AAUCAUCCAUCAAGAUCUUCAUACAAUCUCGAACAAUCCAACAAGCCCUCAGCGAAUUCCUCUUACCAACAUUAUCACUCCAACACAAACACGCAAAAUGUCUUUCCACCCACACGCAUUCUUCUCCUCCCCAUCCCAGUCCGCCUCCUCAUUCACUCCUCUCUUCCGCCUCCUCGACGACUUCGACACCUACUCGCGCCACACACCUCGCCAAUGCGCACGUGCUGAGAAGACCUUCGUCCCAAAGUUUGACGUCAAGGAGCUCCCAGCCCACUUUGAGCUGCACGGCGAGCUCGCGGGCAUCAAUCAACGCGAUGUCACCAUCGAGUUCACGGACCCACAGACACUGAGCAUCCGCGGACGCUCUGAGCGCUCCUACACCGCCGGCACUCCACCUGCCGCCAUCGAGGCCGAUACCCCAACACCUGCCAUCAGCGAGGACGGCGCCACCACGCCAAAGAGCGAUCACCAGCCUACAGUUGAAGAUGAGGACACACCAACCACCACCGUCGCAGCCCCUGAGGCAGUUCAGCCAGAGAAGCCGCAGAAGAAGGAGCCUGAAGAGCGCUUCUGGGUCUCGGAGCGAAGCAUCGGCUCGUUUGCGCGCUCCUUCACUUUCCCGGGACGCAUUGACCAGGAUGGGGUUACUGCAUCGAUGAAGGAUGGGAUCUUGAGCGUUGUGGUUCCCAAGGCGAAGAAGCAUGAGAGCCGCAAGAUUGAGAUCAUGUAAAUGACUUGCGAGGAAACUUUACUGAGUCUAUUCUGCAUCGAGAUGGGAGUUGGAAGGAGUUUUUAGUUCAAGCGAGAGGUUUACUUUGAAGCAAACAAUGACGCUUUUACAGUUCUGCUUUAGUUGUACUCUACCAAAUCAAAUAAUACAAAUCAAUCC